UCAAAAUUUUUAUUUAAAUAUUGUGUGUCUGAGUGUAAAUGAGAUCAAUGUUCAUAAAUGUUUGAGUGAAACAAGUGUUUUAAUAAAACAAUUUCAAGCUAUUAUCAUACGGGAUACUCGUGCAAAUAACAAUGGAUAUCAACAGUUACCAUGGCAACGGGACUGUUGAUAAUUCCCGGGAGUUUAUGAAGGGCUUAGGUCGAAUGUUCUACAUAAUAAACCCCAAGGACCAUUUGUAUGAAGACGAAGAGGAGGUGCCCAACUUUUACGUUCAGUCAUGGCCAUAUUUCUUUAUGUUCAUGUUGAUCGAACACAUUGUAUUGAAAUUAGAGGGAAAGAAAGGAGUCAGGCUCAAUGAUGGACUGACGAGUAUUUCCAAUGGCAUAUUCCUAGAAGGUGGAAGAUUAUUAUGGCGUGGAGCAGAAUCAUACCUUUACACUUGGAUCUUCACAAACUGGAGGCUUGUGAACCUCCCAUGGGAUUACACCAGCACUUGGUUCCUCGCUGCUUUGGGGGUUGAUUUCUGCUACUACUGGAUGCAUAGAGCUUGUCAUGAAAUCCACAUUCUAUGGGCGCAACACCAAGUACACCACACUUCGGAGGACUUCAACAUGGGUGUGGGCAUCAGGCAGUCAGCAUUGCAAGGGUGGUGUGGUUUCCUAUGCUACCUACCCCUAGCAUUGGCCAUCCCUCCCGCCCAGUUCAUAAUGCACCACCAGUUCAGCUACCUCUACAUGUUCUGGAUCCACACCGAAGCCAUCAAGAGCUUGGGCCCCCUGGAGUACAUCCUCAACACUCCCAGCCACCAUAGGAUUCACCAUGGAAGUAACCCAUUCUGCAUUGACGUGAACUACGGAGGAGUUCUGAUUAUCUGGGACAAACUCUUCGGGACGUUUAGACUUGAGAAGAAGGGCGACCGUAUAGUCUACGGGUUGAUUUACAACCAACCUUCUUUCAAUCCGUUGCAUUUACAGACAUUUUACACAAAAUACGUGGUAACCAGAUUCCAAGAAUACAAUAAUUGGGUUCACAAGAUACGAGCUGUAUUCAGUAGACCCAGCUGGAAGCCUGAAAACUCAGUCCGUUUCAAGGAUAUGCCUGAAGAUCCCGCGAUUUAUACGAGGGUGAAAUAUGACGUCAUUUUGCCGAGCUGGUGCUCAGCGUACCUCGUCAUACAUUACGUGCUGGUGCUGUGCGGGUUCCAUCAACUGUUUUUGAUGCACACGACUCUGCCGACUGCUACCACCUUCACCCUGCUACUUUACAUCCUCGGCUCUCUAACCGUCUUCGGGAUGAUCCUGGAUGCUUCUCCAAAGGUGCCAGCAUACGAGAUGGUCCGAUGCAUAGCGUCAGUUGUGCUGAUCAGGUCUUUGGCUCCAUGGAGUCUUGCUGCCCCCAUCCAGUGGCUGUUCGUAGUCUCUGGAUUGUUUUGGCUGAUGUUCGUCAGUAGGAAUGUGGAGAUUAAAGCUGAAAAGAAAGGAGAAUAGAGCUUUGUAUAUUGAUUUUUAAAGUUGCUUUGGCUAAAAAAGACAAAAAGAAAUUGGUAUUUUUCUUCUGUUUUUUUUUACUAGACGCCACGCGAAACCAAAUCAGCUGGAUUUUCCUUCCCACUGACAUGACGCCACGACAAAAAGAAAUUGGUAUUUUUUCUACUGUUUAAGUUGGUACUUUUUUGUAAUAUGAAAAUACAA